CCCAGUUGAAGUUGCAAGUCCCGUGAUAUACUUGAUGAAUAAAUAUACUUCUCGGGAAGCAGAGCAUCACAUUUAGACUGCGGACAGUGUUCGCAAAUUUUAUCUAUUUCUUUAACACUCACAAUGUAUCUCCGAGGGAUCCACGCGGAGGCACAUAUUCCCGCUCUACAACAACUGAUCCGGGAGAAUCCCCUGGGCAUUCUGACGACGGCAAUCAGAUCACCACAGCAUCCCUUGAUCCUAGCGAGUCAUAUUCCUUUUGUAUUAGAUGUUCCCGAGACCGCGGACGGAACAUUGUCAAAUGGAAUACUGCGGGGUCAUAUUGCAAAGCAAAAUCCGCAAGCGAAGGUGUUGAUGGAGGCGGUAGCAGCUAGAAAGGAGCAGGGUCACGAUACACUUGAGCUCUUGGAUGAAGUCUUGGUUCUCUUCAAUGGACCACACCACCACUAUGUCACGCCUAAAUUCUACGUUGAAACCAAACCAGACUCCGGGAAGGUGGUUCCUACCUGGAACUAUUCUGCGGUAGAGGUGUACGGCAAGGUCAGGGUCUACUGCAAUUCCCAGUCGGACGAGACGAGUUCCUUCUUACGGAAGCAACUCGGAGACCUGACUCAGCAAUCCGAGUCGCUGAUCAUGGGCUAUACUGGAGGAGAUAAGUCGUCGCCAUGGGAGGUGUCCGACGCGCCGUCUCCCUAUAUUGAGAUUAUGAAGAAGAAUAUCAUCGGAAUCGAGAUCAGGAUUGAUCGUUUGGGGGGGAAAUUUAAAAUGAGUCAGGAGCUUAGCAAGGGAGAUCGGGAGGGAGUCAUCAACGGCUUUGAGAAUUUGGGGACGGAGGUUGGUGAGGGAAUCGCAAAGACGGUUGGGGAACGUGGCCAGCUGAAAGACUCUCAUAAACGGGGAUGACUUGAUGCCGUUGUCCCAGGGCCCACGGCGAUUGUCAUAUAAACUUUUAAGAUAGCAAGUCCUCCACAAUCUGAAAUUGCC